CCUGCCCCGACAACAACAACUGAGGCAACCACGACACCUGCCCCGACAACAACAACUGAGGCAACCACGACACCUGCCCCGACAACAACAACUGAGGCAACAACGACACCUGCCCCGACAACAACAACUGAGGCAACAACGACACCUGCCCCGACAACAACUACUGAGGCAACCACGACACCUGCCCCGACAACAACAACUGAGGCAACCACGACACCUGCCCCGACAACAACAACUGAGGCAACAACGACACCUGCCCCGACAACAACAACUGAGGCAACCACGACACCUGCCACGACAACAACAACUGAGGCAACAACGACACCUGCCCCGACAACAACAACUGAGGCAACCACGACACCUGCCCCGACAACAACAACUGAGGCAACCACGACACCUGCCCCGACAACAACAACUGAGGCAACAACGACACCUGCCCCGACAACAACAACUGAGGCAACCACGACAGCUGCCCCGACAACAACUACUGAGGCAACCACGACACCUGCCCCGACAACAACAACUGAGGCAACCACGACACCUGCCCCGACAACAACUACUGAGGCAACCACGACACCUGCCCCGACAACAACAACUGAGGCAAAAACACCUGCCCCGACAACAACAACUGAGGCAACCACGACACCUGCCCCGACAACAACAACUGAGGCAACAACGACACCUGCCCCGACAACAACAACUGAGGCAACCACGACACCUGCCCCGACAACAACUACUGAGGCAACCACGACACCUGCCCCGACAACAACUACUGAGGCAACCACGACACCUGCCCCGACAACAACAACUGAGGCAACCACGACACCUGCCCCGACAACAACAACUGAGGCAACCACGACACCUGCCCCGACAACAACAACUGAGGCAACAACGACACCUGCCCCGACAACAACAACUGAGGCAACCACGACACCUGCCCCGACAACA